AUGUUCGAGGAAAUCAAGCACGUCGUCGACGAGAUCGAAAAGGAUAUCCCCAAGGGCGUCGAAGGUGCUUGGGACACUAUCGACGGCUUUCUGAAUCCGGACCGUCGGCAUGACACGCCUGAGGAAAAGCGUAUCGACACUCUCAGGACCGAGAUAAACGACAGUCACCGCUUCCAGUCCUUCGCAGAGCAGCGCCAAUACAAUGGCGUGAAAUGGCACAUUGACGGGCAUGACUACUUCUAUGCCGUGUCAGAAGUACUGGAUAGCGCGCGCGAAUGCAUCUUCAUCCUGGACUGGUGGCUGACGCCCGAGCUGUACCUACGUCGUCCCCCGGCAUUCAAUCAAGAAUGGCGCCUGGAUCGCCUCCUCAAGCGCAAAGCUGAAGAGGGUGUGCGGGUCUACGUCGUCGUGUACAAAGAAGUUAGCCAAGAAAUGACAAUGGAUUCAGCUCAUACCAAGCAUGCUCUCGAGAAUUUGCAUCCCAACAUCGCGUGCAUGCGUCACCCCGAUCACAUCGGGAGUAAAGACGACGUCGAGUUCUGGUCACACCACGAGAAGCUCGUGAUUGUUGACAACCACCGUGCAGGCGUCGGCGGGCUCGACCUCUCCUUCGGGCGCUGGGACACGCACCUGCACCCGCUCGCAGAUGUACACCCGACGGACUUCACGCGGACGCUCUUUCCGGGGCAGGACUAUAACAACGCGCGGAUCAUGGACUUCAAGAACGUCCAGAACUACGUGAGCAAUGGACUGAGUGAGAUCGAGUCUGCGCGGAUGCCCUGGCACGACGUGCACCUGACGAUUUGUGGGCCGUCGGUGCUAGAUCUUGUCCAGCACUUCGUGGAGCGCUGGAACGAAAUCAAGCGGAGGAAGUACAGCCAUGAUACACGCUAUGACUGGCUCGCCCUCCCGCAUGAUGUCGAAUCAGCUCCAGAUGAGGCUGUUGCACUUCACCCCUACCGCGAAGCAUGGCACCAAAUGGGCCGGCACUUCAGACAACGGUUCCACGGCGCUCACGCCACGCGACAACUUGACGAUCUUGACGACCCGGAGCUGUAUCCACGCCCUCCGAACGGGACGUGUCGCGUGCAGGCAGUGCGCAGUGUUGGCGACUGGAGUAACGGAGUGCUGACAGAACAUAGUGUCCAGAACGCUUACUGCCAGAUGAUCAUGGAGGCAUCCCAUUUCAUCUACAUUGAGAAUCAGUUCUUCAUCUCGAGUACGCGGAAGGAAGGCGAUCCUGUGAAGAACCAAAUCGCCUCAGCACUCGUCGACCGAAUUCUCUUAGCGGCCCGCAAUGGCGAGAAGUUCAAGGUGGUAGUCGUGAUUCCCGAAGUUCCUGGUUUUGCGGGACCAGUGAAGAAUGAGGCGUCAAUCAGGACGAUCAUGGCUGCUCAGUACCGCACCAUGAAUCGUGGAGGACAUAGCAUCUACGAGGAGAUCACCAAGGCGGGAUACGAGCCCAUGGAUUAUAUUCGAUUCUACCAUCUGCGCACCUACGAUCGGAUUAAUGCACCGUCCGAGUCCUACAUGAAAGUCAUCGAAGGGCGUAGUGGCAUCAAGUUCCACCAAGCCAUGACCGCUCUCGCUCGCCUUUGGGUCGGCAAGGAUGAAGAACACGAUGCGCCCAAGGAAACCACAGUUGUCCUCCCUACGGGCAACCUUGUCGACCAGCCGAGCGCGGCGGGACAGCAGCCAGAGCUCAAAACCGAGACGUACCAGCUGCCACAGUCGUACGAGGAGGCACAGGAGAUCGUCGAUCGGUGGCACCGUGCUGCGAUCAGUCUCAGAGAGGGCGGAGAUAUCUCCGAUAACGUCGUUCAGCAUACGAUGGAAGACCGGACAAACUUGAAAGAGGAGGGGUGGCUAGGCACACCUGAGGAGGAGAAAGCGGCGUAUGUAUCUGAGCUCUUAUACAUCCAUUCGAAGGUCAUGAUUGUGGAUGAUCGGAGGGUCGUCAUGGGCUCCCCGAAUAUCAAUGACCGGAGUAUGAAGGGUAACGGUGACUCCGAGAUUGCCCUAGUAAUUGAGGAUGAGGACAUGAUCGAGACCACUAUGGACGGGAAGCCGUACAUGGCAGCACGCUUCGCUGCCACUUUCCGCAGGAAGCUCUACAGAGAGCACCUCGGUCUCAUGCCGCCUCAGUAUUGCAGGGGCAAAGACGAGGAAGUCACUUCAUUCAUGCGCCCGGCCCCACACCCGAACGACGACGAGACCGAUGAAGGUGAAGACAAGAUCGUUGCGGACCCUCUUGCGGACCACACAAUAGCGCUUUGGAACGAGACUGCAAGGCGGAACCGUUCGAUCUUCGCGGAGAUCUUCCGUACUGUGCCGACGAACUGGGUCAAGACUUGGGACGAGUAUUCCAAAUAUGUGCCCAAGGUCAUGCCCGGGCAUGUUGUGCCAGAAGUGUCGCUCGACCAUGUGAAGGACCGACUCUCAAGAGUGAGAGGUGCCCUGGUGGAAUGUCCGAUUGACUUCUUGAUCGACCAGAAGGACUUCGUGGAGGGCAUAGACUGGAUAGGUUUGAACCCGACGCUGCCGAUCUACAUCUGA